AUGUCGACUAGUAAAGCAAAAAAGCGUCCCAGCCCCUUUCGAAUUAAAGUUGGAUGCGUUGUGGCGUUGCGAUACAAGCCGAGCUCCGGCAAUCAUGUUACCAUGAUUGUGCCGCCGCCUCCUUCUGAAAGUGCCGCCAAACCAACCAAGUAUGCUCUUCGCAGUCUGGCUGGAUCCGGUGCUCAUGCCGAAGUUUGGACGGAUCCCAUCCCAGGACGGGAUGAGGGGCUAGCCUUGAUUGGUCGUCGGGUGCGGUGUUGUAUCACCAGACGAGUGGCAGAUGCGAACGACAAGAAUGCUACCGCCACCAAGACCAAAAACUACAUUGUAGAAGGGGAGAUAGUUUCACUACAUGGAUUGGAUAUGGACAGCUCGGAAUGGACCAAACAGAGGGCGAUCGAUCGAAGAAAUCGCAGGGAAUCAGCUGGGUUCGCAGUAGAAUUGUUGGUGGAUCGCGACACUCUUUCCAAAGUCCCAUUUUUGGAGCGAACGGAUGAAGAUGUCGACGUUGACAAGCUAAAAAAGGAAUCCGCAAAGAGGGCGUAUAAGAAUGAAGAGGCCAUCAAGGGGAAGAAUAAGGUGACGGUCAAAAUCUGGCUCCAACAUCCAUCCGGCAUUGUUCCUGACCCAGAGGCAGCUACUACCAACGCCUCCAGUCAAGAUAAUAUUGCCAAAUGGGCCAUCCGAAAACGCAUUCCCAAUCAACCAGGUCAACCCCUCGAACUCGAGGAGCCUGAAAAUAAUGGCCAAAAUACGGAUAAGACAUCCAUGGAGAACGGUACAGGGGCGGCAGCGGGGAGUGGGGUUGUCCAAAAUGGCACUCCGCCAACAGAAAAGAAAGGGAAUGGUUCAAAUAAUGGCAACUCGGAAAAAGAAAAUGGCUCAAAAACAACCACGACGAAGAAACACCGGAAAUCCAAUGGCACCAAUAACAACAACGCGGUCGCAGUAGCAAGUGCGCCCACACAAUUCAUGGGUAAUGCAAAUGAUGACAAUGCACAGCAACAACGGAAUUGGCGGUGGCUUGCAGCAAGAUAUUUUGACGUGUAUCUGGCGGAUGCCAAGGAUGAUACAGUCCCAGAGUCGACAACAAUCUGCAACAAAAACAGGCUGGACUUUUACAAAGUUUACUCCAAUUUGCUUGCAUCUUGUGGUGGCUUUAUUGGUGAAGUCCUCGAAGUGGCUCCUUCCUCCCGGGCUGGUACUCUAGCCAUGGUCACCUUACGACGAAUCAUUCUUCCGGAGCACACGGUUACGGGGCGAUCGUGUGAAAACCAGGACUUCAUGGAAGCAUACGAUGACUACGACUCGACUCUGAUUGGGAAGCGAAAGAAGUCGGACAACGAAGGAGACGGCAAAAAUGGUCAUGACGAUGCAAAAGCCAGCGACUCGCAAUCAUGUGUGGUGUUUCGAGUACCCAUCGAAGAGCUGGUCAUUGUCAGUCGACAGAUCAAGCGCGAUGAGGAAAACGACACUGCUGCUAAUGGAAGCCCUCUAGUGGGGCUGCGGAUAAAUUCGUCGUACUCGUUGAGUGGAGACUGCCAAAUUCGCUUGAAAAAUACAAUGCCCAAAAAAUUGGACGGGGAGGGGCGUGACCCACAGCCUCUGACCAAAAAGAAAUUAAAGAAAUUGGCUUUAUGCCAUCGCUGUCGCACGUGGUUGCCGAGAUCUCGUGUUACCCUCUGCGAGAAUGAAAAUUGCCUCCUGACAAAACACUUGAAUCAGGCUGAAGAAUUGGCUGCUUCGGAGGAAGACAAGGUUGGGGUUGGUUGGUGCGAUGCGUGUAUCGAUCUUUCACAGAAAAUUGAUUCCUUGCUCGGUAGAAGCACGGAGGCCCCAAACCUACCCUGCUGUACCAACACUUGCGAUUGUCGCCAAUGCAGCGCGACUUCGGAUCGUUUUCUGACAAGAGAUGUUUUCAGUGCGGCCAUUGAAAAGGAUCGCAAAGCACACCAAUUUACUUCAGGAGACUCGGCAAGUCUUGAUAAUGCCCUAGAGGCUGUUUUGGUGGACGCAGACGCGACGGUGAAUUCGAUUCCUGUUUGCCAUUUUGGAAUCCCUCCAGAUUUUUUGGACAUUAAAAAUUUAUCUCAGUGUUCCAGCAAACCAAUCACCAAAGUCAAACCUCGCCCACCGGUCAAGACUAAGAAUCGUGGCAGGUCAAACUCAUCCAGUGGGGCAAAGGCACCGCCAAAGCGAAAGAGAGACACUUCUCCGUCCAGAAAAGCUACAAAGAAGCCAAAAGGUGCAGCCACGAGACCUCGAUCUCCUGUUCCAACGGGUUCCAGCGCUCCUCCGCGACUUGCUAGGAGGCAGUCGGAAGACUACUCUGUUUUCAAGCCUACAUGCUGCAGAAUGGUGGAAUACAAGGAAAUGGCAUCUGCAAAAGCCGCUGGUAGCGAAGGAUUCUUUGUCGCCCGGCAAUCCACAAAUAGUAGCGGUGAAAGAAUACGCAACAUAAGGGAACUACAGGAAAAGAAUUGCCGUCUCAUCACUGCUGAAAAAGACAAAGACAAAAAGACGCUUACGAGUCGAGCGGCUCGGGCCAAUCAACGACGUCUCGUGAAGGAUGUGGCGUUACUGGGAGGUGCGAGUUUCAAUUUUGACACGCUGGCGGGUCGCGAGUCGCAGCUUCGCUUCGAUCGGAGCAAUAUUCAUGCAUGGGGAGUUUUUGCAGAUGGUGAGAUUUCAUCCGGCGAUGUUAUUGCCGAGUACCGAGGUGAACUCAUUGGGAAUGCAAUGGCGGAAAAAAGAGAGAAGGAAUACGAACAAGCAAAGAUUGGUAGCGACUACAUGUUUCGGAUCGAUGGUCUCUGUGUGUGCGACGCUACAAAACAAGGGAACGUUGCUAGAUUCAUCAAUGCGAGCUGUGACCCCAAUUGCUACACAAAGAUCAUAACCCUUGAUGGUAAGCAACGCAUUGUGAUCUACGCCAAGAAAGAUAUCAAAGCAGGCGAAGAACUGUGCUACGACUACAAGUUCUCGCUUGAAUAUGACCCUUCCGAGAGGAUACCUUGUCAUUGUGGUGCGCCUGACUGUAGAGGGUUCAUGAACUGGGACAAAAAGUUAGGAAGAUCCUGAGAAUCGGGCUCUCGGAGUGACAAUUGCAGCGGAUGCGACUAGGAAACCGGACAUGAAGUACGCCGCUGUCUUGCAACGCAGUUUAGGCCACGAUCUACAACAGAAACAUUGGUACACUACGACUACUAAUAGGUU